AUGCCUAAUUUACAGGAGUUGCAUCUUCCCAACAAUAGGAUCGAUUCUCUCGAAAAAAACAUAUUUAGCAGUUUAAAUGACUUGAGACUUUUGGAUUUAAGCAGAAAUGAUAUUAAAUUAGUUUCUACCGAUGCAUGGAAUCAACCCAAACUUAAAACGUUGUUGUUGACUGAUAAUAAGAUUUCGAUCGUAUCGGAAGAAUUGAUAGGAAGAAAGUAUCUACCAUCAUUGAGAACAUUUGAUGUGUCCAAGAACUCGCUGGACUGUACAUGUGACUUAAUAUGGUUUAGAAAUUGGCUAUAUAUAGAUUGCACUGUUGACGUAAUCGACUACUACUUAUAUGUGUGCGCCACCGCAGGUGGGCGUGAUGUUACCCUGCUGCAGCAGUUUGACUCUGAUACUUUGCAAUGCGCUUCGUAUGGACAUAUCUCUCUUAUAAUAGCUUUGUGUUGCAUUGCUGUAAUUGUGUUCAUUAUUGUCUGUGUCGCUGUCUAUAAUAGAUGGUACAUUCGAUAUGCCUGUUUCCUGCUCCGUUUAAAAACCAAAGGUUACCGUGAACUUGUGGACUUAGAGGAAAAAACAUAUGACGCGUUCAUUUCAUAUAACAGUGCCGAUCAGAAUUGGGUGUUGAGAAAUUUAGUUCCAUGUUUAGAAUCUGAUGAAUAUAAAUUUAAUAUAUGUGUCGAUUAUAAAAAUUUUAUUCCGGGUAAAUGCAUCAUUGACAAUAUCAUGGACAGCAUCCAGGAGAGUAGAAAAACUAUUUUAGUUUUGAGCGAGAAUUUUGUAAAUAGUGAAUGGUGUUAUUUUGAAAUGAACAUGGCAUUGCAUCGACUGUUUGAUGAUGGUAGAGAUGUUGUUGUGAUGAUUUUAUUAGAACCGAUUGUUGGUAAUAAGUUACCACGUAUCCUGAGAAAGGUUUUCACAAAGAAAACUUACAUAGAAUGGCCUCAAGAUGACAGUACAACUGCUAAAAAGUUGUUUUGGGCUAAAUUGGAGAAUGCAUUAAAGGCCCCCUCAAGGGUGGACCGUGUGCAGUCAUCAUCAUCCUCUUCUGAUGUGAAGUCAAUGAGUACUUACAUCGAUCCCUUGACGGGAUGGCCUGGUCCUAGAACAGUCAAGUUGAUACGAAAUGACCAUGGAUUUGGAUUCACGCUGCGUCACUUCAUAGUCUACCCACCAGAGUCUGCUAUCCAAGCAGAACUUAGAAAAAGCGGGGAUGAAUCAAGUGACACAGAAGGUCAUAAGCAAAAGAAACGCAGUAGGAUUAGUGCUUUAGAGCCCAUGGACACUAUCUUCGUUCGACAAGUCAAAGAAGGUGGUCCAGCUGAAGAGGCUGGUUUGUCAACCGGUGACAGAAUCGUAUCCGUUAACGGAGAAAGCGUUACUGGCAAGACAUAUUCACAAGUAGUCGCACAUAUUCAAGCAAGUGACUCUACUCUGACUCUCUUGGUGGUACCGAAAAACGAGGAUAUCCUUCAGAUGGCGUACUCUGGUGUGGCUUACAAUCAAAGUAAGAAAACUCAUACAGGAAGUGCUAGCGAUAUCCCAAGUCCACCGGUGGAUCCGUACAUCUCUCCAAGUGAAGCAUCGUCUACUUCAUCACUGUCAACACCUGUAAUGGCAAGGACUCCCAUAGAUGAGCCUCGAGACAGGAGUGCUAGCGAUUCCAAAUUUAAAAGUGUAACGCAAGUUCAGCUAAUGGAUGCGAGUGAUAUCAGUUAUGGUGACAUGGGUAUUUACCGUGCUACGCCGCAUAGGACUAAUUAUCAACCCAAUGAUAUACACCUAAAUCAUAACUCUUCACCAGUCGGUUUAGAUACAUAUAACGAUAAAGUGACCAAUCAUUUUAAUCAUCCACCUAACGUUAAAAGCAGCUCCGACUCGAGACUUGAUCGCAGGUUGGACGAGUUAGGUAGGAGUACUCAUGAUCAAAGGUCGGAAAUACUUGUACAAAGGGCAGUUGAUUCAGACUCGGACACCGUCAGUCAAAGACACAGACACAGACACUCAGAGAGACGCGAUACUGAGACUGGGCGCAUGUUUGCAGCGUCUGCUUAUUUCCAAAAACCUACUAAAGUGUCAGAAGAUGUCACAAGGAUAACUCAGGGGAACUCUAAUAGUCCUCAUACUGUGCAUAGGACUGCUAAUGACAGCUUGCACCCUAAUGGAUCUAAUUCACCCCUAACAACUAGCACACAUUCCAGUACUACCAAGCAGGUUGAAUCUAGACCACUUGACAAGUCUGGCAGAGGACGAAGUGCCAGUGCUGAUAUGUUAACUCUGCCCGACAAAUAUGGCGCAUAUAACCACACUGAUAGAGAGGAUUCCAGAAGAGGUUCGUCACCAGUAUCUCCGGGAGACGAGAUCCUCAGGUAUAGGCGAGAUAUAUAUGGGAAGGAAUGGGACAGUGACACCUGCAGCGACGACAGGCAAAUUAGUACUUACCCACUUACCAAUAAGGGAAUACAUUCUACUGGGCAGAGUAAUGCAGGUAGGAGGGGGGACAAAGUGAUUGUAGGUGUUAAAACCGACGUACCAGGCCUAUCUACAGGUGGUAUGUCAAUGAGAGAAUAUUUAACCAAACAACAAACACAAAGACAUGAUAAUCUUAAAAAACAUAACACACCAAGCGUCACUUCAUCUUCAUCUUCAUCCGGAAGUACUCAAAAAGAACUGCCUGACACAAGUCAGGCUAGGACUACAGAGCCCAAUAUCUCAAGGACCGAAAUGCUAACUAAGCGUCAGCCACCAGUUAGAUUAACUGAUUCCAGGGGUUAUGAAAUCAGAAGAGCUGAACCCGUGCAGGUAAUUUUAGUGGAGGACGAGGACUUUGAUAAUAUGCCUCCAAUCAAAUCUAGUCAAAAUAAUCCUCCAUCAACGCUUAUUCCAAAUGCUAAUGCCAAUCAUAAACUGCCAUCACACAUGCAAAGUGAGCACAGACCAAUCAUUAUGCACUCUAACCCUGGAAACAAUCAUAGUCAACAUAGAGGAAGGGAAGGACGGUCAAAUAGCAGGCAAUUACCGGAGAAACCCAACCCCCACCAAAUCAGAAGCCAAAGCCGAGAUAGACAUAGAGAACCCUCACCAUUAAGGGUCAGAGGACGGGAACCUUCACCACUGAGAGACAACAGAGGUCGGGAAAUGACUUCAAGGUCACAGGGGUCUAAUCCACACAUAAUACCUGGUGCUACGAGACACAAAUCAUCACAAGCAAAAGAGGAUAGAAAAACACACAGAUCACAAAAGAGAGUGCAACAUUUCCAAAGAGUGUCCUCCUGUGCCUAUAAGGGACAGCAGUAG